AUGGAUAAAAAGGGCUUGACAGCAGCCACACUAAAGACACGAGGAAGAAAACCAAGUGGAAGAGGCGAACUAAAGCAUCACUGCUGUCCUUUCUGUGACAAAUCCCUCACAUCAUCCAGAAAUUUACAGCUUCAUGUAAGAAUUCACACUGGAGUGAAACCAUACAGGUGUGACCACUGUGAGAAAGCUUUCACCACUCAGGGUCAACUACAAAUCCACGGACGCACUCACACUGGAGAGAAACCAUACAGCUGUGAUCAGUGUGGGAAAUCUUUCACUGCUCAAGGUCAACUAAAAAUUCACCAACGGACUCAUACAGGAGAGAAACCAUACAGCUGUAAUUUAUGUGGGAAAGCUUUUACUGGCUCAGCUGACCUGAAAAUCCACCAACACAUUCACACUGGAGAGAGACCGUACAGCUGUGACCAGUGUGGGAAAACUUUUAUUCUGUCAUAUCAAUUACACAUCCACCAGCGUGUUCACACUGGAGAGAAACCACACAGGUGUGAACAGUGUGGGAAAAGUUUUUCUCACAGUGGCUAUCUGAAAAUCCACCAGCGCAUUCACACGGGAGAGAAACCAUACAGCUGUGAGCAAUGUGAGAAAGCUUUCAACACAAAGAGUAACCUAGAAGUCCACAGCCGUGUUCACACUGGAGAGAAACCCUACGUGUGUGGCCAGUGUGGGAAAGCUUACAGCACUCAGGCGAGUCUAGAAAGACACCAGGGUGUUCACUCUGGAGAAAAACCACACAGGUGUGAACAAUGUGGGAAAGGUUUUUCUCACAGUGACACUCUUAAAGUCCACCAAAGCAUCCACUCAGGAGACAAACUGUGAAGCUGUGACUAGUGUGACAAAGUCUUCGUCACUCAAGGUCAAGUUAGCUGUGUCCUCCCGCCUCAUCUACAUGCUCUUAUAGCUGUGUUGUUAUACUCUGGGUUUCUCUCCAUAAUGAGAGCUGGUCAUCAGUAUAUAACUAGGGGCUGGUCUAAGGUGAGCCUGAGCCAGCCCUAACUAAAAGCGCCAGUCCAAACUAUAAGCAUCAUCAAAAAGGAAAGUCUUCAGUCUAGUCUUAAAAGUGGAGAUGAUGUCUGCCUCCUGGACUGAAACAGGAAGACGGUUCCAGAGAAGAGGAGCCUGAUAGCUGAAGGCUCUCCCUCCUGAUGCACUGCAAAUGAUUUCCUGCGGAGCCGCCGAGCCGCCUGCCAGACUGAGUGUUAAAGAAACUUGAAAAAGUGCUUCCAGAAUUUCUGCUAAGGGUUUUCUUCUCCUGUGAUGGACAGGAGUCGAACGAACGAUGAAAAAUCCAAAUCAUUUCAAACGGCCGCGGGCUUGACUGCAAAAAUCAGAUUUCUAGAGAACGCUUGAUUCCUUUUUUACUGUCAGUUUUAUUUUUAU